AUGGAGGCGUGGGAGGUGCUGCCGCUGGAGGUGUGGGCUCUGGUGCUUCGGCAGCCGCCCCUGGUGCCAGCUGACCUGGCGCGAGCCGCCUGUGUGUGCCGUGCCCUCCACGAGCUCAUUGGACCCUUCAUCGUCAGCCCCUCCCCCAAAUCGAGCGUAUGGGCCUCCGCGUCUGCCCGUCAGUGGCGCCUCGUCGCCGCUCAAGAAGCCCACCCCAUCCUCACCCUCGCCGUUGGCAGCUGCGGGGUGCAGGUGGCUGUAGAGUACUGGCGGCAGGUGGUGGCUGAACAUGACUUGUCGGGGUCGUCUGCGGGCGACGAGGUCGUCAACCUGAUCGAUCCCAACAAUCUCUACGUGGGGUCGGACCCCAACGCCAGCGGGUGCGGGAAUAACUGGGCCAGGGGCUACUACACUGAAGGUGCCGAGCUCAGCGAGAGCCUACUGGAGCUGACGCGCAGGGAAGCCGAGCGGACCGACGCCAUGGGCUCCAUCGUCCUGUACCACGCAGCUUCGGGCGGCACUGGAGGAGGCGCUGGCAGCGCGGUCCUGGCGCGGCUGCGCGAAGAAUAUCCUGAGCGGCUGCAGCAGCGUGUAAUGCCCCGGUUGGGCGACUUUAACAAAUUCUACGGCGGCGCCAUGGCCGGGCUGGUGAUGCCCGCUGGCGGCGGCAACAAUCUUCACUUCCUGUCGCUGUCACGCACCCUGUGUGUGGAGGAGCAACCGUUGGAGGCCAAGCGACUCGUCGAGCAGCUGUGGACAUCGAGCAGUCUGACGUGGUGGCCCCUGCGCCACCUCGGUGACGAUGAUGACCGCGGCAGGCGCGCGGGCCGCACGCUCGGCUCGUUCGCCCACUUCCAGCUCCCGCGCUCGGCCGCUGAUCGGCGCGCAGCGCACCCGGUCGCCGACGCCAUCGCGGCCGAGGUCCUGGCACUGCACUCGGCUCAGACCGUCGAUCAAGCAGAUCCGGACCUGCAGCCUGCCGACCUUGAUUGGUGUGCGCAGGGCGAUGGCCGAGACCUCCAGCAGCAGCGGCGGGGGUUCACGUUCGCCGGCGACCUACACAGCAGAGCCGCGCAGCCCUGGAGCGAGGUCAGGGUCUCGCAUGAAUCUGCUGCAUGGCCGGCGGCGCGCAUCACGGGCACGCUCUGGGGCCGCCUCAAGCGGGGCGCCACCGGCGAGGAGGUGGUCGUCCCCUCCGAGCCCGGCCGGUGGAAGUCCUACUACGAGGACGUGCGACGCCGCCUGGCGACCACCGCCGGGACCGCCGCAGCCGACAACCAGGAGGAUCUGGGGGUGACGGUGGACCAGGUGCGGCGCCAGAUUGCGGUGCUCGAGGCCGGCAUCCGGUCAGCGCGCACCGGCGCCGUCGUUUCGUUGACCAUCUGA